UCUCGGAACAGAGGAAAUGGGAUGCGGGCUAACUCCGUUAACGGUAACGGAUUUAUUUACUGUUUGGUGCACUCCCGUAGCAAUGGCAUAAAUUACCGUUACACAGCGGAUGUCAGAAGCAGCCAAAGCUAACGAGAACCGGUGUCGCUGAGUGGCGGGAAGCCCGUGUCUGUGUCGGGUUGUUGUUUAGGUUAGCUGCCUGUGCUAGCUCGCAACCUGGGUCUUUUAACGGUUUACCGGGAGUUAUCCUCGGAGGACACAGAUAAGCACCGCCUGGUCAAAGUUACGGUGAAUCUACACGGGCACUGCCUCACGUGAUGGACGGAGGAGCUCUGCUGUAGGAGGAACAAAGCGGGAAAGCUGCGGAUGUAGUUAGCAUCAGGCCUGAAUACCAACACACUUCCACUCCCCCCUCCUUGCCUCCCCUCUUCCUUCCCUCCCCCCUUGCUCCCUUGCUGCCCCUGGACUACAGACAAUCUCCCCGUCCAUGAUCACAAUGGAGCCAGCCCUCAAUCCGCUGCCACAGUUCCCAGAAAACUCUUAUAAAAUGACUGAGGAGGAUGUGAAGAGGCUAAUUGAGUUCAGGGCGUCCAACGAGGCUCUGUUCACCGGGAAAAGAAACUCUGCUAAGAUCGCAUGGAGCACCAUCCUGAAGGGUCUGGGUCUGGAGGGGAAGCUGACAGCAGACCAGAUUGCCAAGAAAUGGGACAACCUGCGGACAAAGUACAAGGACCUGAAGCAGCCCUACCAGGGCCAGGAUAACAUUGGGGGUGUUGUGGAGUCGUGGCCCUGGUUCCACAUCAUGGAUGAAGCCAUGCAGGGUCGCCUCUACAACAGCAACCUGGUGCUGAGCCCAGAGAACGCUGCCAACGUUGGUCACCGCGGCAACAGCCAACCCAGCCAGAACCAGGAGAACACCGACAUCCUGGAGUUCCUCAUCAAGACGGAGAUGGAGGACACGGUGGCAGCAGAGACGGCAGAGGACGAUGGGACGGUUCAAACGGAGGCUCCUCCUGCUGAGGGAGUCCCGAUGGGCUGGAGGAGGAUGACCGAGUGCUCCUAUAAAAUGACUGAACCAGAAACAGAACGAAUGAUCAAACUUCGAGCUGCAAACGAAGCACUCUUCACUGGCAGGAAACACUCAGCCAAACCGGCCUGGAGAGCAAUUCUGUACGAACUGGGUCUUCAGGGGAAACUGACCACGGAUCAGUUAGCCAAGAAGUGGGACAACUUGAAGAGGAGAUACAAGGAGCUGAAGUUUCCUGCUCGAGGCGUGGAGACGAACCCCAGCUCCUGGCCCUGGUUCUACCGAAUGAACGACGCCAUGGAGGGACGGUUUGCUGGUGCCGCACCCAUCCUCACACCCAUCGUGGAGGACGAAGAUGAAGACUGUGAGCCGCUGUCGCCAACGCCUAAGAAACGUGCCCGUCGGAGCAGAGGGGGAAUGGCCGAGUUUCUGACGGAGUCGGAGAUGGACCUACUGGUUGAUAACGAAGAGAAGAACGGGUCCACGGCUCUGGGGGAGCUGCACCGGAUGGCUGAGUUCACCUACAAAUUGACAGAGGAAGACACCAGGCGACUAAUUGAAUUAAGAGCUGCUAACGAGUCUCUGUUUACCGGGAGGAGAAAUACCGCUAAGCCGGCCUGGAGGGGAAUAGUGAAGGAGAUGGGUCUGAUGGGGAAGAUAACACCUGACCAGGUCGCCAAGAAGUGGGACAACCUCAAGACCAAAUUCAAGGACCUGAAGUUUCCUCCUCGAGGGAUGGAGAACCAGACUAACCCAGCCUCGUGGCCCUGGUUCCAGCUCAUGAGUGAUGCUCUGGAGGGACGUCUGGCGGGGAAAGCUCCCAGAGUGACGCCCGUCUGGACUAACGAGGAGGACGGCGUCUUUGGAUCGUCUCCUCCUCCUGACAGAGACUGUUUGAUGGCAGAGAGGAGCAGCAUGUCGGAGCUGGAGAGCAUGGUGGGGGGGGACAACACAGAGGCUGAUGGGAACGUCACCUACAUUGACGCCAGCGGAGAAGAGUGUUCAACACCCUCUGACCUCUCUUAUAAAAUGACAGACCAGGACACCAGAAGGAUGAUUAAACUCCGAGCUGCUAACGAAGCCUUGUUCACUGGCAGGAGAAAUGCCGCCAAAGCCGCGUGGAAGGCCAUCCUGAAGGAGCUGGGGCUGCAGGGGAAGGUCUCAACCUACCAGAUGGCAAAGAAAUGGGACAAUCUGAAGAGGAGAUAUAAGGAUCUGAAGUAUCCUCCUGUAGGGAUGGAGAGUGUAGCAGACGGUGCCUCCUCCUGGCCGUGGUUUCACCUGAUGAAUGAAGCCAUGGAGGGUCGUCUGGCAAGCAGUGCCCCCCUCCUCGCCCCUGUCACCAAUGACGAUGAGCAGCACCCUGACCCUGCCCCCAGACACAGGCCCCGCCCCGCCCCUCCUCCUCCCCCUCCCUCCUCCUCCGACUACGGACAGGAGGCGUUCUGCGACGCCACGGAGCAGAACCAGCAGAGCUCGGAGACAUGUGACGGGCCACUGGGAGGACUGGACAGGGAGUGGCAGAUGGUGGAGAGGGAGAGGACGGCGCUGGAACGGGAGAGGGAGAUGGUGGAGAGAGAUAGGGCAGCAGUGGAGAGAGAUAGGGCGGCUGUGCAGGCAGAGAGGCUGUGGUUGGAGAGGGAGAGGGUGGCGGUGGAGCGGGACAGAGCCAUGGUAGAGCAGGAGAGGGCGGCGCUGGAACAGAGAGCCUUGAUGCUGAACUCAGUAGGACACUCCGGACACCUCAACGCCCUCAUGUAGACCAUCAUGCUCCGGGGACGUAGACCGUCCCUGUAGUGGCGUCGCUUGUGGUCUGUCAGGGAGGUCUGGACCGCCUGUGUCGAGGAGUAAACCACACUGACGGACCACAGAGGAAAUGUAGACCUGGUGAACCUCUGUGAAGAGCCACGUUUGGGUGGUGGCUGUUGGUCUUCCACAUGGAGCUGGUGACGGACUGGUCCUGGAGAUGGACACCGCCCAGGGGUGUUGUCCAUCUUAAUAGGAGGGCUGCACAGUUAAUAUUAUAAUUAUCUCACCCACGGUUUUUCCCGUAUUUCCAUCCUCUGGCUCAUGUGCGCCUGAAGGUCCAGAUACACCUGUGUUUUAAUCACCUUUGUUUGAGUCGGUAUAGUUGUCCUCACAGGUCGCGUAAUAUCUCGCGUUUGAUUGGUUUACGAUGUCUUCCUUCGAGAACACACACACAGUGAUGUGCAGACCAGUUUGAGUUUCAGUGUAAGUCCAAGAAAACAACUGCCACACAACCCGUCUCCAGUGCAGCACCUGCUUCAUAUAUACAGUCUAACAUGUAUUCAUUGUGUCACCAUAGAUACUGUUUACAAAACAUGAAGAUAAAUAUGACCAUAAAUACAGAGAUGUGACGAUUAACCUUUCACAAUAUUCUCAAAUACGCAACUUCAUCUUAACAGAAUCCAUUUUACAGUGUAAGGUAUGUAAGUCUUUGUUCAGCUUUGUUAAUCAAACUGCAUUUGAACUUAACAUUUUCCAGUGAUGACCUCAGCUGACGAGGUUAUGUUUUUUAACCCGUGUCUCUUUGUUGCUUUGUUUGUUUGUUUGUUUGUUUGUUUGUUUGUUUAUUUGUCAGCAGGAUUACAUGGUUCAGGUUCAGGAUUACAUGGGUUCAGAUCUUUUAAUCUGAACUGAUUUGCCCCAGAUUUGGUGGAGGGACGGGACACGGUCCAGUGAAGAACACGUUACAUUUUGGUGUGGAUCUGGUCAAAGUGGCGGAUCCAGGAUUUUUUUCUUGUGAGACAGAGCAGUAAAGCAUCUUCUCAUCUCCAGUGAGAGAAGAGUCUGAAUGAUUCAUUUCCAUGAAAUGUGCUGUAACUGGAUCCAGCUGUUUUUAUGGAACUCUUAUGUUCCUGUUCUUUAUUUCGUUUUCUUGAUGUUUUUCCUUCACAUCCUUUUCCACCACAGAGAAGUGACACACUCUCUGUUCACAGCUCAGAGCUGUGGGAAAACCCAGGUGACCUACACUCAGUGUUGUACCUGAACGCAUCCAGAGCACUGAAGCUGCUCUGCUGGCCUGUGGCACUGAGUCCUGUUCUCAGGGUUGGUCCAGGUCAGAGGUCAGAGUGGUUUCUCACACCCUGAGAAACAUCCCUCUAAACCUGUACUCUCAUAAUCUCUGGAAACACACAUAAUGUGUGGUUCUUCCAUUGUGUGUUUGUUGUGUUGCAGCAGUGGUGCACCGUCGCUGCACACAGACUGAGCAGCAUCAGAUCAAAUCGUCACACCGAUAGAUUUUCCUGUGAGUGACUCAGAUCACCUUUGAGUUUGUCACGUUAACCCGUUUGACCAUAUUGGAAUCUUCCCUCCUCGUUCAGGAGAUUUGCUGCUUUUUUUUUUUUAGUCGAAUGAGAAUGAACUGAAUUAACAGGAUGUCGCAUGGUUAUGUUUUCCUGCUGACAGAGUAACUGACCGUGACAGUAAUUAGUCUUUGAUAUAACCACACCAUCACUCUGAAUUACCAUGAACAGAAAGAACAGAAAAAUUAGACCUUGGCUGCAACAGAGUAAAGAAUAAAUCCGAUGAUAUUAGACUGGAGACGGUAUAAAGGAGGAUUCACUGAAUUUCAUCAGCUCCACAGGUGCAGUUUAUCAGAUGAUGCAAAAACGAGAAACCUUCUGAAAUAAUUGUACUUUUCAUUUAUCGCUCAGACCUGAGACCUGUGCAGCUCUGCCUGUUGAGACCUGAACAACUGUAAACCAGUGUUACCAGUAAACCACCAGUCUAUGUAGACUAACACACUGGGAUGUAGACCACUGUGGACUGAAGAUGUGGCUUCAAGUCAAACUGGACAUGAAUGUAGAUGAACAUACAUCAUAACUUGCAUUCAGGUGUUUCACACACAGGUUUUAUUUGGUCGUUUUUGUAUUUAUUCAAAAUUGUUUUUUGUGUAAUUUACUUUUUAAAACACCUGGAGAUGUUUGAGACACUUCCCGUUCGUCUGCUGCAGUUUCAGAAGCAUCUGCUCGUCUGCCUCCUCAUCCACAGAUUUUUUUAUUUUCAUACAAAACCUCUGUCACACAAAAGAACAAGGACGAGUCACAUCCAAGAACCUGGAUCAGGGAAGAACAGUGAGGACAGUGUAGUAACGGCCUCAAUGACGGUUACACAUCAGAUCGUCCCUGAGAAAAACCAAGUCGCUCAAUUCAAAAUAAACAUAGGAUGCGUUGGUAACACAACAGCUGUGAGUCUGUGAACAUGUGUUUACAGGCUCUGAUUCAGAAGCGUCAGCAGACUGACCCAGAACUCAGAUAAAAAAAGACCUGAACCAGCGGGUCUAAGAGGGACAGUUUGGACAGACUGAUGUCCUCUGGUGUCUGUCCAUGUAAAACCUGAAGAGCUGAUUUUAAAUAAAAAUCUUUUCCAGUAUCAGUCCAUCAGAACUAACAGAGUCACUCUGAGAAACUGGGACAUUUUUGGACAUUUUAUAGACUGAACAAUGAAUCGAGAAAAUGAUGGGCAGGUUAAUUGAUAAUGAAGCAAAUAUGAGCUGCAGCCCGGAAUAAAUUCUCUUCCUGUGGGAAACACUGAGCUCUGUUCGUGGUCCUGGAGAUGGACUCAGUCAGAGGCUGGAUCCAGUUCUGCUGGAAGCCUUAAGAACUGAGACUCAGUGGCUGAGUUGUACAUAAGACCUUGCCUGUGAAUGCAAUAACUGUUGUGUCAUCAGCCAGACUCUGAAUGUGUGAAAGUUUCGUUUGUCGGUUCGCAGCACCUGUGUGAAAUGUUUGGUCGUUUGAACUCAGACUGCAGACUGGUCUUUAACCAAAGUUCAUCUGUUUGUGAUAUUUUUCAAGAAGGACCUGAUGGCGUGUUCCUGUUGUAGCCUUCAAUAAAUGGACC